AUGCCUUCUGUUCCUGGACCCGAAGGCUUUCCCGAAGAUCGCAGCGUGUUGCGGUCAUUGCUCUCGGCUCUGGCGUUUGACAAUGUCGGAUCUCGACGCGGCAGUAGUAGCAAGCGUCCACUGAAGCGACGAAAGAAGAUCAUCAAGAAGCGACGAGACUGUCUAGGACGAGCGUGUCAAGAGGAUGAUACCGUGGACGAGAAUGAAAGCCAAACUUAUCAUUUGGACAUUGAUACUGCCUUGGAGCAGCCUCAACAGCAGCUGUCGGAAGAAGAUCAGCAACUGCUCGUCGUGGACCCUUCCUUUGUAGACAUUUUCUACGAUGCCAAAGAUCGAGAGUCGGUGGAAGCCUUGUUGGACGAAGACUUGAUACCCAUUGGACUGGAACCAGAUGACUCGGUGAUGCUCGAAAGCUUUGAAGCCUGUAUUCGUAGCGAUGGAGGAAUUGACACUCAACGCUCCUCUCACGAUGAUAGUUCCUCACUGCGGCGUUACCAAGUUCCACUCGAGUGUGCCGAAGAGUCCAUUGCUGGAAGCUGUAGUACUCUCUCGGCCAGCGAUGCUCCCUCCAAGGAGGCCAAGGAGGUAAAGACCAACCAUAAUGAACUUCCAGUCAGAUUCCUCCGGGCGGGAAAGGGAGAUGAAGUCGAAGGACGCCGACGAUACCAAGAGACCUUGCAAUGGCGAAAGGAUAACGGAGUUGACAAUGCACUCUAUGAUGCCUGGCCCAUGUUUGAGCUCACCAAAAAGCACUACCCGCAUUACUUUCAUGGUACGGGACGCAACGGGCAACCCGUCUUUUAUGAACAACCACCAAAGACGGACCUCAGAGCCUUGCGAAAUGGAGGUGUAGGGUUGCAACAGCUGCUCAACCACUACGCCAUGAUUACAGAGUUCCAGUGGCAGUACAUUGAACGGGACGACUUUCAGCGGUCCAUCUACAUUAUUGACCUGGGAGGUAUUCGCAUGACCGACUUUGUCGGCGAGUGCGUAGACUUUGUCCGCCAAGCAUCGUCAUUCACUGCGGCACAUUAUCCUGAGCGGGCGGGGCAUGUCUUUGUGGUCAACGUUCCUGGGUGGUUCAAGAUUAUAUGGAACGUUGUCAAGCCGAUGAUUGAUGAAGUCACACUGGAAAAGAUUCAUAUCCUUCGCGGCAAAGAGGAGAUUUUCAAAUCCCUCCUAGAGCAGAUUCCGGUGGAGAACAUUCCUCAAGAAUAUGGCGGUCAGAGCUGCUACAAGCUGGGAGAAUCACCGGAAGAAGACCUCCUGAGGGGCUUGAUGACACACAAUAAUGAAAUGGCUGAGGGCAAGCCGUGUCGAUAUGCAAAGUCUGGGGAGUCUUGCAAAUUUUGCAACUUUUCGUAUGCUCGACACUACUAA